AUGAAAGAUGGAAACAAUAUUACCCACAUGGUCAAAAAGCUCAGUAUUCGUUUUGAUAACGCUGCUGCUCCAUAUAACCCUGUGAUUGAUCGGGAGUUUGUUUUUAAACCUUCUCUCUUUCCUACAAUGAACUUUUCCAAAUUCUAUCUCAAUGGCAAGGCUUACAAUAUACCUGGUGUGUUCAUAGUCCUAAUUGUACAUUUUCUAGUUUCAACUCCAUGGUUUGACUGCUGGCGUCAUUUGUUCAUAUCUAAUUUGGAUUGCCAUGAGCAUGAAUUCCUGACUCGUUAUCUCGGUUGCUUGUUCGUCGUUACUACUCGGAAUCCUGACACGCUUGGUGCCAUUUCAAGUCUUGUUCAACAACAGGCCCAGCUUUUAAAAUCUCAACCCUUUCGGUGGUUCAGUUCAACCAAUAUAUUACUUAAACAUUUUCCUUUUCGUUUUACUUUUAGAGGCACUAAAGUGUUUCAGACAUUGACCUCAACUUAUGGUAACGCGAAUUGCUACUUUCUGGAUCUCGGUUCAUCCUCUAAUUUCUCUGACAGCUGGAAAUCAGACCAAAUCGAAGAAGCCAAAUCCGUUUUGAAGCCUCAAUUGACCCGUCCCCAC